AUGGCUACUCAGAAUGCGCCUAUUCUCCCAAACCCCUACGACCCAUUCUCAGCACCCACCCGCUCUGCGUCAUACACAUCCACGGCUUCUUCUCCAACACAUUCGAUACCCCAUGGUAGUUUGAUUCCCGCUAGUGCUGUGAUGAUGGGCACUUUUGCUACACCCGUGGCCAGUAGUUCGAGCAACGUCCAGCCCGAGCGCCGGCUUUCCGCGCUUCACACAGAUAUGACCCUACAUCAGAAGCAACUUGAACUCGACCACAAGAAGCGGAGUCUUGAUGCUCAAGAAGUACAGGACCCUCCGCCGCAAUAUUCUUCCUGA